GUUGUAGCCGAGCUUGUUGGUUUUUAGCGUAUGGGAACGGGGGGUCCUCGCUGCAACUCAGGUGGAAUAGGCAUGAAGUUCACGUUUGUUCUGGCUCUGAGCUGUGGCACGCUGCUUGCUGCAUCAUAUGCACAGGAGGAAGAAAAUGAUGAAAUGGGCAAAGCGAGAAGAAGAAGGGUUGACGUAGUUGGAAACAUUAUGGCCGUAAUCCGCAAACUCGCGGAUUUGGUGGUGCCAGAACAGGAUGCGCGGGAAACCCUCCACGAACACUUGGAGACAGUGACAACUUGCUUGAGGAAAGCCGAUGGCCUGCAGCUGAAUUACAUCCGCCAGUUCAUUGCCGGGAUUCCCAGAGCGCUUGACUGCGUUGGAAUGGUAUUCUCUGCCAGGAACAAAAGACAGCAAAACAAGGCAUCAAAGUGCUUCAUCAGGAGAUUGAUUCAGUUCCAGAAACAAAACCGAAUACCCAUGGAUCAGAUAAAGAAAGUCGGCGACUCCAUUACAUGCUUGAAAGAAAACUUCCUGAUGUGAGCUGCUUCAAACGUGUCGUGCUGGGGUGAGUUCCAGCCGCACAAUUCACCAGCAGUCAAUCGACAAAGAGCGCUGUACAAGCAGAAUAAAGAGGGUGACUGAAGAUGUUUACAAAAAAACAAAAAAAAACAGGAGAAAGCAUGCAGAGAAAAACUCAUUUAAAUACUAAGUCAACGGAACAACUGGAUGGACAUUUUGACGUGGCAUAGUCGUGCCAUUUUUUUUUUCUAAUCUUUUUACGUGCUUCAAUAAACAAAUAUUUU